ACUAGACGUGAAGUCACGUACAUACAACCUCACUCUUUCCUCUGCACUUCAGAGCAAAAAAAAAAACACCGAUCAAAAUCAGCUAUUCAGAGUGAAAGAGAUGAGCUGCAGCGACUUCACAGUUCCGCCGGGAUACCGAUUCCAUCCCACCGACGAGAAGCUGCUUAGUGACUUGGAGAAGAAGAAUCAGUGCAAGGACUCCGAGAUCACCACCAUCAGCCCUGAAAUCGAUGUGUGCAAGCACGAGCCUCGCGAGUUACCAGAACUGACAUUCACAAGGGCGCAAAAUCUGGGCAGGAAGUUUUUCUCUUUUUUCUUCUUCUGGUUUGCAUGGGCAGAGUCUUGGGACAGUCAGGGCAAGUGGUACUUCUUCACUCCGCGUGAAUACAAGUACAAUAACAGCAGACGCUCCAACAGGACUACAGGGGAAGGGUUCUGGAAGAUCACAGGCAAGGACCGCGACAUCAAGGCCCCUGGCUCCAAAGCUGUGAUUGGGAGAAAGAGGACCUUGACCUUCUACAAACGUGGAGUGCCGAAACCCCAGAAGACUGGCUGGGUCAUUCAUGAGUUUUAUCUCAUUGAGGCACAUUCUAAUCCUCCUAAGCAGAUAGGGGACUUUGUUGUCUGUUGCUUGAAGUAUAAGUCAGACAACUCUGAUCAUGAUAAGGAUGCCCCAUUCUUCGAUCGAGGUAGCACUAGCUGCAGUAUGGCCUCCAAUGUUGAAAAUCAAGCUGAAGAAAAUUGGGCAUUAAUUGAGCAGGUUAAUGUUGUUCCAAUUCACAAUGGAAAUGAUGAUGAAGCUCAAACUGGUGGUGGUAUUAUUACACAAGAAGAGGAAUACCUGGCUUUAAAGGAACUGCAAGAUGCUCUUCAGAUUCCCAUUGGCAAUCCUCAUGAAUUCCAAGGCACGCAAACUGAUCCUUGUCGUAUAGAUAAGAAUGAUCUUUCGACCUCUGUUGAAGGCCGACCUGAUAAAAGCAUUUCGUCUGAUGUGAUUGAAGAGCCACUAGAUAACCCAGAAAAUCUGGAUUCACUCUUUGAUCCGCUUGCGCUGCCUCAACUGCAUCAGCUACAUCGAUCAGUCACCAAUGUAUACGACCAAUGACCAUAAUGUUGAAUGUCGUAAGAGGACAUAUCCAUUUGAGGAUAAUGACCCUUCACUAACGAAGAAGAAUAGUAUUUCAACCAAUGAUGAUGACGAAUUAGUUAACAACACCGCAUCUAGUUCAGAAAAUCAAGCUUCAAAUAUGAUUCCAGAGAGAUAUUCUCAACCAGGAGCAAAUCUGGGAUCAGACUAUGAUUCAUUUCUGCCAAAGGAUUACGUUUAUACACUACCAUCAAUAAACGGAGGACCGGGAGAUUUUCCCCAUGACAAUAAUUUUAUUGAGUGGGAUGAUUUGCCAUCCUUAUACGAAGGUUGGUGAAGCUGCAGAGGCAUUAUAUUGCUGUUUACUGCCCCAGAAGAAACUGAAAGUCCUUGAAGCAGACAACAGUUUGAAGCUGGCAGCAAUUUAAAGGAUUCUUUCAUUUUCCAGGAUGCAACUCCUUUCAAUCCGUAAAGCAGACCAAAGUCAUAGUUCUAGCCUAAAAGACCACUAUGAGCAACGCAACUGUUGCAUAGUUAGUAAUCUGGAAGCAGAGUUUCAUAGGACCAGCUUCUACACGGUUGCUGGGGUCUCAAAGACAUAUAAGUAAUAAUAAUCAGACAGCAGUAUUCUGUAUGGUUACAAUCGUUUCCAAGAUGUAUGAAUACAAUUACAGGUCAUAGAGAGGCCUUCAGACUGAGUCUGAAACAUCCCAUGCCUACAACCAAAAAUUGUAUCGCUGUUCAUAUCACUCUUGUUUGUAUUACACUAUUACCCUAAUAUUCUUGUA